AUGGCAAAAGCAUUCGUUUGGCAUCCUGUGAGCGCAGUGGUUAGCGCACUCGCCACUCAGCAAGACGUCCCGGGUUGUCCAGUGAGCGCUGUGGCUAGCGCACUCGCCACUCAGCAGGACGUCCCGGGUUGUCCAGUUACCGCAGUGGUUAGCGUACUCGCCACUCAGCAAGGCGUCCCGGGUUGUCCAUUUAAAGCAGUGGUUAGCGCACUCGCCACCCAGCAAGGCGCCCCGGGUUGUCCAUUUAACGCAGUGGUUAGCGCACUCGCCACCCAGCAAGGCGUCCCGGGUUGUCCAUUUAACGCAGUGGUUAGCGCCCUCACAACUCAGCAAUGGGUCCCGGGUUGUCCAUUUAACGCAGUGGUUAGCGAAGUCGCCACUCACCAAGGCGUCCCGGGUUGUCCAUUUAACGCAGUGGUUAGCGCACUCGCCACCCAGCAAGACGUCCCGGGUUGUCCAGUAAGCGCAGUGGUUAGCGCACUCGCCACUCACCAAGGCGUUCCGGGUUGUCCAGUUAGCGCACUCGCCACUCAGCAAGACGUCCCGGGUUGUCCAGUUAGCGCAGUGGUUAGCGCACUCGCCACUCAGCAAGACGUCCCGGGUUGUCCAGUUAGCGCAGUGGUUAGCGCACUCGCCACUCAGCAAGACGUCCCGGGUUGUCUAGUAAGCGCAAUGGUAAGCGCACACGCCACCCAGCAAGGCGUCUCGGGUUGUCCAGUUAGCUCAGUAGUUAGCGCACUCGCCACUCAGCAAGGCCUCCCGAGUUGUCCAUUAAACGCAGUGGUUAGCGCCCUCGCCACCCAGCAAGGCGUCCCGGGUUGUCCAUUUAACGCAGUGGUUAGCGCACUCGCCACCCAGCAAGGCGUCCCGGGUUGUCCAUUUAACGCAGUGGUUAGCGCCCUCACAACUCAGCAAUGCGUCCCGGGUUGUCCAUUUAACGCAGUGGUUAGCGCACUCGCCACCCAGCGAGACGUCCCGGGUUGUCCAGUAAGCGCAGUGGUUAGCGCACUCGCCACUCACCAAGGCGUUCCGGGUUGUCCAGUUAGCGCAGUGGUUAGCGCACUCGCCACUCAGCAAGACGUCCCGGGUUGUCCAGUUAGCGCAGUGGUUAGCGCACUCGCCACUCAGCUAGACGUCUCGGGUUGUCCAGUAAGCGCAGUGAAAAGCGCACUCGCCUCUCAGUGA